CAGUUCUAACGAAAGGAUAACUGAAGGAGAGCUGACACUACUCAAAAACCCUCAACACGCAAGUCAAGACGCACCUCUCGCUUUCCUGUCUUGAGUCAUUAUUGUAAUGUCGAGUCCUGCUAGGACACAACCAUCUAGUUCCUCCAUUUCAUCUCAAUUUUUUUCUAGUUCCAACCAUGCUGAAGUCGGGGAACCUCCACACCGCGCAGACACGUUCAAUGUUGUCAUUUGCGGAGAAGCCGGAUCUGGUAAAAGUUCCUUGGUAAAUUUGAUCGCUGGGGAGAACGUAGCGGCGACAUCCUCCGAUGCUGGGGGAUGUACAGCUGGAACCCAUGCGUACGAUAUUUCGACGAUUCGGAACGAGACGUUCAAGGUAAAGCUUGUCGAUACAGCUGGUCUGGACGAGGGCCCUCGAGGCACAGUCCCAGAUAAGGAGGCUCGAAGAAUUUUGAGGAAGCUCCUUCGAACUCGGACGGAGCAAGGCGAUAUUCAUCUCGUCAUGUACUGUGUGCGGGGCGAGAGAGUGGUUCGGACGCUCCGCCGGAACUACGAGUUAAUUCGCUCCCAAAUAAAGAAGAAGAAAGUUCCAAUUGUCCUUGUCGUUACAUGUUUGGAAUCCUAUAAACCAGAGAUGGAAGAGUGGUGGACGGUUAACGAGCGAACCAUCUCAAACCUCGGGAUGACCUUCGCUGGCCACGCAUGUAUCACUACCGAGACAAUGACAUCGAUGCACAUGGAACGCCGCACCCAGUCAUAUGACGCUGUCUGCAAGCUCAUCAAGCAGUAUUACCUGUCGAAUAAGACAGGGAUUCACACUGAAUUGUCACGAGGCACUAUUCACAACGUCCCAAGGACCGAGCGUAACAUCGUAGUCUUUGGGGAGACUGGGGCAGGCAAAAGCUCCCUUAUCAAUCUCAUGGCGGGAAAGAAUGUAGCAGACACAUGCUGUGGCGUUGAAGCCUGCACGACGCGCUGGAAAGAGUAUUUCAUCAAAUUCGGUGGCGAGCCUUUUAAGGUGUUCGAUACCGUUGGACUCGAUGAACCACAGCUGGGAAUCCCACAAUACUUCGAUGCCGUCGAGAAUGCCCAUAGCCUCAUUCGAGAUUUGGAGAGAGAAGGCGGCAUUGAUCUUCUUUUGUUCUGCAUGCCGGCAGGAAGACUCAAAGCUAUGCACCAAUGCAAUUACCGACUCUUUCGUUAUUUCCUCUGUGACAAGAAGGUUCCCAUCGUUCUAGCGAUCACGAACCUUGAAAGAGAGCAGAACAUGGAGAGUUGGUGGACGAGAAACCAGCAAGCCUUCCGUAAGAAGAAGAUCCGUGUCGAUGGUCAUGCCUGCAUCACCACCAUCGAACACUAUAAACCAACCUCGCAAACAGACUCGCGCCACGAGAUCUGGGACAUUAUCAAGAAUGUCACUGCCGACGGGCAGAAGCGAACACGGAAAGGAGGAAACGACCUGUUCGUGUCGUUGAUGCCACUUGCGGGGAAUGGGAAUUUACGUGUGAGGAAGGAUGUUGUCUCCCGCCUCACCAAGCGCUGCCACAUGUCUCCAGAAGUCGCGACAGAGUUAGCUGGCAGGAUCAAGAAAGUCGUGGUAGAAGGAGCUACUUGACACCAAGUGUUGCGG